AUGACGAUGCCGUUCAGCCCCCUGUCCAGCGACGAGGAGCAACAAAGGAUGCUGGGAAACAAUCGACAUCUCUAUCCAGGGGCAGAGAACGAGGAAGAGGAGGAGGAAGAGGAGGAGGAGGAAAUGGAAGAGGAGCGUGACGAGGACCAGGAGGAGGAGAAUGGCGAGCUGGAGGGGGAAGAGGAAGAUGAUGAGGAGGAGAUGGUGGAGGAGGUCAGGCGAGGCGGCCUAUCGCGCAUGGGCAGGGGUGAGGGACACAGGCAGUCAGGUAAACUGGCUGGACGACCCACCGGGGACAGACAAAACCGGCCAGGGAACCCUGGACACGCCACAAACCCCUAUUCGUCCAAUCCUGGACCCACGCACCAACAGCCGGCCAAUCACAUACCGCAGCAGCAGCAGAGGAGGCUGAAGGAGCGCAGCUCCGGCUCGGUGCCAUCGGAAGAAACCCACAUUGCCAUGAUGGUGUUUCGCAUCGGCAUCCCAGACAUAAAGCAAACGAAAUGUUUGCGGUUCAACCCAGAUGCCACAGUAUGGAAGGCCAAGCAGCAGGUGCUGUGCUCCCUGACCGAAUCUCUGCGGGAUGUCCUGAACUAUGGUCUGUUCCAGCCCGCCACGGACGGUCAUGAUGCCAAAUUCCUGGAGGAGGAGAGGCUGCUCAGAGAAUACCCACAGUCCUUUGAGAAAGGGGUACCAUAUUUAGAGUUUCGAUACAAGACCAGGGUGUACAAACAGACUAAUCUGGAUGAGAAGCAACUGGCCAAACUGCACACUAAGGCUAGCCUGAAGAAAUUCAUGGAUUAUAUCCAAACCAGCGCUGUGGACAAGAUGUCUAAAUUCUUGGACAAAGGCCUCGACCCCAACUAUCAGGACCCUGACACUGGUGAGACUGCUCUGUCCCUGGCGGUGCAGUGUGAGCCGGGUGGAGGUGAGGCCAUCCGGGUCCUGGUGGAGGCAGGGGCUCACAUUGACUUCCGCGCCAAAGAUGGACUCACACCCGUACACAAAGCUGUGCGAGGCCACCGCCAUACAGCCCUGCUGGUCCUGCUGUCUCUGGAUGCGUCUCCAGACUAUAAGGACCGGCGAGGGCUGACGCCGCUCUACCACACUGUGCUGACAGGGGGGGACACCUCCUGCUGCGAAACACUGCUUUACCACCACGCCAAACUGGGCAUCAGGGACGAGAACGGCUGGGACGAGACACAUCAAGCCUGUCAGAAUGGUAACUCGCAGCAUCUGGAGCACCUCCUCUUCUAUGGGGCCGAUUCUUCCUCCCAGAACGCCUCUGGAAACACUGCCUUGCACAUCUGUGCUUUAUACAACAAGGAAAGUUGUUCACGAAUUCUGCUCUACCGGGGAGCAAACAAAGACACAAAGAACAACAGUGGGCAGACCCCCUUUCAGGUGGCUGUUAUGUCUGGCCAUUUUGAGCUGGGAGAAAUCAUCAAAAACCACCGAGAUACAGAUGUGGUGCCCUUUGUGGAGUCUCCAAAGUACGCCCCCCAGAGGCGAGAGAGCACCCGUACCCUGACGAUACCCCACCCUCAUCCCUUCCUCCGGGCCAACAGUGACAGCAGUAUGAACCUGCCAGAUUGGAUGGCAGUGCCCAACGCCCCAGGGACCAACAUCGUCUCUGUGCAGGGCUACAAGCAUACAGGAACCCUGCGGAGCGCCAGUAGUCCCAGAGGGGCGAGGACGCGCUCCCCGUCCCGAGGAAGGGUCGGAGACAAGGAGGAUCGUAGCAGGCAGAGUCGGAGACAAGGGCCUGUCCCUGCCAGCACAGCUGGACAAACCGCAGGCCAGCGCAGACGCCUCUACAGCGCUGUCCCAGGACGAGUAUUUGUAGCUACUCGAUCACAUUCUGCACAGGGAGAGCGAGAAAUCAGCUUUAAUAAGGGAGACAGGGUCAAAGUGUUGAGUGUUGGCGAGGGCGGGUACUGGGAGGGGACGGUCAGGGGUCGCACAGGCUGGUUCCCCUCUGACUGUGUGGAGGAAGUGAUGCUACGAAGCCAAGAUAACCGAUCAGAGAGCCGUGGAGAAAGGGCCAAAAGGCUGUUCCGCCAUUACACUGUGGGAUCCUAUGACAGCUUUGACGCUCCCAGUGACUAUAUAAUAAAGGAGAAGACCGUGCUUCUCCAGAAAAAGGACAGUGAGGGUUUUGGCUUUGUACUGAGAGGGGCCAAAGCUCAGACUCCUAUCGAGGAGUUCACCCCCACCCCGGCUUUCCCUGCCCUGCAGUACCUGGAGUCAGUGGACGAGGGAGGUGUCGCCUGGAGAGCCGGGCUCAGGAUGGGGGAUUUCCUGAUAGAGGUCAAUGGUCAGAAUGUGGUGAAGGUUGGUCACCGACAGGUCGUCAACAUGAUCCGGCAAGGUGGCAACAGCCUCAUGGUCAAGGUUGUCAUGGUAACCCGCAACCCCGACAUGGAGGAGGGUUCGAGGAAGAAAAUCCCCCAGCAGAGUAAGAGGCUGAGCACUCCGGCUAUCGCCCUACGAUCCAAAUCCAUGACUUCAGAACUGGAGGAGAUGGUGGAGAGAGCUGCUACCCCUUGGAAAAAAAAAUCAGAAUUCGAAUCCUCCCAAGUUACAGAGAAGAAGAGGACAGUCUAUCAGAUGGCUUUGAAUAAACUAGAUGAAAUUCUUGCAGCAGCUCAGCAAACAAUCAGCACCAAUGAAGCUCCAGGGACACGGGGACAGGGGCCAAAAAGAGACAGAGGACGAAGUUUCUAUGGCAAUGAGCAAAACUAUGUGGAUCAGUCCGGGAUGGGGUUGAUGUCGACUGGUUUGGGCCUCGGCUAUGACCGUGGCCAGUUCACAUCAGGUCACGGCCCACAUCACGGUAUGAGGCGGCAGAAAUCCAUCGGGGUGCCUGAGGAAGAGAGGCAGUCGCUGCAUCCUCCAGCCAUGAAGUUUGCUCGCAGUCUGUCGGUGCCUGGCCCAGAUGACAUCCCUCCUCCUCCCACCACAGCUCCACCAGAGCCUCCAUUCUCCUCUGCUCCUCCACUAGGUUGGAGAGCAAAGUCAUCCCAGCAGCCCGCUGUCUCUGUCUCCCAGUCCACAUCCACCUCUGCGCACUACCAGCCCUACUCCCAGUCAGUUCACUUCACCCAUGGGGGCAGGGAAAGGGCAGGUGGUCCAAGCACAGGCCCCAGCGGUGGAGCGGUGGACCACACAACCUCGUAUGCACACGCAGCUGCACAUACUGCUCAAAGCAGGACUGCUUCGCGGAAGGUUGCAUAUACUGGGGAGCCUGUUGGAGCUGGUAUAGGAGCUAGUGGAGGGGUCAAGACAUCAGGUCUUAGGAGAGGCUACAGCACCGCUGUCCCCCCAUCCAGCAUUGCCACUGUAAUGCCCCAGCAACAACAGACUACCCAGAGUCAACCCCAUCGAGCAGACCGCAGUGCACUGGGGACCGGAGCAGGCGGUCCUAAAGGAGGGGCCCGGAGAGGUAAGUGCCCCCUGGUGAAACAAUCCAAAGUAGAGGACUUGCGUGUGGGCCAGGGAACAUUGGGGGGCAAAGGCACGGUGGAGAAAAGUUCCAUCCCCAUCCCCACUAUUAUCGUCAAGGCCCCAUCAACCAGCAGCAGUGGACGCAGCAGCCAGGGCAGCAGUGUGGAGGCCGAUACUCCUGGAUCAGGGGAGACAAAUGAAGCGAACACACCCCAUGGUCCUCCUCCCUCCACUCCUGCUCCACAGCCCCCUGCCCCACCUUCCAUCCCAGCACCACCGCCUCCGUCCUUGCCUUCUAUGCGAGCCCAGGAUAAUCUGGACUUUACCAGCCAGUUUGGGGCUACCAUUGUUGGCGUAGCUCGCCGAGACCGGGAACGGGAACGGUUUCAUGAAGCUCGCAGAAAGAGUUCCUCAUUGUUCAUGUCUGCUGAUGAGGAUGUGAUUCUUGGAGGAGUGAGUGAUAGUAUAACAAGAACUCAAGGGUCACAGCCACAGCUUAGCACACAGGCUGAAAGUUCAUCAACGCGGCUGCGCCCGUCCAAGUCUAUUGACGAGGGCAUGUUCUCUGGGGACAGCUUUAUCCAUCACACCCGUAGUAUGCCUCCAGCCUUUGGCCUACCUGAAUACUCCUCAGCUGCCCUGGACUAUCAGCCCAAGUCUGUACCUACUGACUUGUACACAGGCAGGCAGCAAGCACCCUCCAGUAACACCACCUUCAUUCACCCUCUAACAGGAAAGGCUCUUGACCCCACAUCGCCACUAGGCCUCGCCCUGGCUGCCAGAGAGCGUGCUCUGAGGGAUGACAGCAGGUUAAGGAGGGGAACAGAGCACCAUUUCACCCGCCAGAUGUCGAGUGUGGUGUUUCCUUCGUCUUCUGUCACCUCUCAGCCGGUGUCGUCCACCGCCCAGUCAUCCAGCUCUUCUUACCUGGUCACCUCGUCUUCUUUGGCUGCUACCACGGCCACUGUUGGCCGCCCACCCUCACCCAGAAUCCUCAGAGGAGUUGGGAGUGUGUGGAAUGAGGAAGGCAGUGGAGGAGAGAGGGAGCGGGAAGGAGGAGGGGCACGUGAGGGGCUAAGAGUUCGCUUCUCCGAGGAUAAAACGGUUCACACACACCACUACCAGUCUCAGCCGUAUCAGCCAACCUACAAGGAGAGGGACCGGGAGAGGUCGAGGGAACGGGAGAGGUCAAGGGAACGGGAGAGAGAGGUGUCGAGAGAAAGAGAGAGGGACAAAGAGAGAGAGGGUUACAUGAGGAGGGCAGAGCAAGUGGCAGCCGCUGAUAGCUCUGCUCAGCAGGCGUCCCAGUCUCAGCAGCCUCAGAGGCCCUCUUUUCUCAGGAUGGAAAGUCAAGCUGAUGCCUAUAUCUUGUCUCUCACCCCUCCCUCUCCUCCACCAACAAGUACUCAGCAGACAGCGAACACUACUGGGAGCACUGGCACUGGUAUGAUGGUUCUUCCUCCCCCUGCCCCCUCAAUUGAUGCGGAUGAUGAGUUUGUCUACGCAGACCCUCUCCCACCUCCGUUACAGUUUGCUAACAGCUUCGACAGGGGAAUUGUGGGAAUAUCAGGGUACUCACAACACGGAAUGCGCCCCAACAGCCUGACCUCCCGCCAACAGCAGGUCCCACCACCUCCACCUCCACCUCCACCCCCACCCCCUCCACCACCCCAAAAAGACUCAUUUGUAAGUGGAUUUUCUGCCCAUACACCCCUGCCCUCACCUCAGGCAGGGGACUCCACUGCCUCCAGCCUCACAUCUUACGACAGUGAGGUGGCUAACCUAACUCAAUCUGCUCCCUCCCCCUCCCAAACGUCGCCCAACCCCCUGCCCCCUCACUCGCCCUCUACACUGCAUCCCACCUCAAUAGUGGGACCUCCGCCUCCCCCGUCAGUCUCACCACCGCCUCCUCCUGGAUCCUAUCACAGACCAUUCUCUAUGUCCCAUCCCCACCACCUUUACAACAGCUCUCACACUCCUGGGCGCUCUUCCCCCACACCUCCCCCGCACACAGUCGCACCUCCCCUGGCCUACCGUGGUGCCCAAGCGCCCUCCUCCACUGCUGCCACCUCUGCUCCACUAAGGGGCACUGCCUCACAUGCCACGACCGCUAGCUGUGCCACUACAACCACCACUGCUGCCACCACAACAAGCACCUCCACUCAGCUCUACCAGGAGCGCACACACACCACACAUACAACAUCCUCCACUGCCAUCAGUCGCAAGACAGGAGAGCAUCACCGUCCUCCCCCCACUACCAAGAAAGGAGAGUCCCAGGAGACCGUGGUGGACUCUGGGAUUGAAGAGCUGGACAGCCGCAGCAGCAGUGACCACCACCUGGACAGCAUCCUGGCCACUGUUCGGGGAGACAGGCUAGACCGCGGAGAGAGAGGAGGACGGAUGGGCGGGACAGGGGAAUCAGACAGGGGAGGAGAUUUUAUGGAGUCUUACAUGAGCUACCUGGACGGACAAACCUUUGAGAUGCAGAAUGCAACAGCAGCAACCUCCACCUACCCAAAAACCAACAGGUUCAGAGAGGGAGGUCGCACCAGUGAUCUACACAGACAGACCAGCACUGCUCCUGCAUCCUUCCACUCCCACAGACGAAGAGACGAGCAGGAAGAGGACGAGGUUGAGGAGGGAGUGGAUGAAAGUGGGUAUGUGGUAAGGGACAUGCAUUUGGGACGUCCCAUUUCACCGUACUUUGAUCGCCCCCGCACUCCUGAGAUGAAGCCUCUCUGGGGCGAGGGGCAGAUGUCCGGUGACCAGUCUGCAGCACUUUUAGAGGGGAAAAAGAUUUACCCUCCUGUAUCCAGUAUGAAGCCAAGCAUCAUAAAUGAGCUAAACAGUAAACUGCAGCAAAGAACCAAGGACAGCUGGAGCAGCCAGAGACCACUGGGCAGACACAGAAGCAGAAACAGAUUUUCAGAAGACUCAGCCUCUGCUCUUAGCCCCCCCUCAGCUCGAUCCCAAUCACCCUCUCCGAUUUCAUUAUCACAACCAUCGUUAUCUCCGUCCCCCACCCUUCCCCCUACUUCCCAGUACCCCAAUUGGGGACGAUCUCCAUCUCCUCAACCUCCAGUUGCCUCUCAGCCUCCACGUUCCCAUUCCCCGCUGUCGCCAACAACUUAUUCCCCUUACCCCACUUCCCCCAAACACAGACCUGUCUACCGGACCAAAGCCCUAGAAUUUCAGUUUAUUCCCAGUCGAGAGUCCCGUAAAGCAGAAUCACACAUGAUCCAGCGUAGGCGAGCACCCAGCCCUCUUAUCUCCCCAUCAGAGAGGCCCAAGGUGGGUCCACCACGGCCAUCGUCCCUUCCGCUGCUCCCCACCACACCUCUAUACAGUGCCAUGUACGACCUCCGAGGUUCUGUCACCCCGCCAUCACCUGGGAACCCUCUUGGAGAUCCUUACUUCUCGCCUUCUCCUCCCUUGUUUGCCCCCUCUGGUGCCCCUCCUCCACCAAACUCCACGUUAGUUGUUUCUCGUUCCCUCUCUCCAACUCACUUCCUGUCCGGGACCUCUUCUCCGCCCAUGCACCCUCACCCUCCACCUACAUGCCUGAGUUAUCCCCAUCUACCGCCCCCUUCCCCGACAAAGCCUUUUGCCUCCAAGCCGCUGCCCUACUGGACCAAGUAUGAUGUUGCAGACUGGCUAGGAUACCUGAACCUGGGUGAGCACAGAGAGCGUUUCCUGGACAACGAGAUUGAUGGCACCCACCUGCCCUCCCUAACCAAGGACGACUAUCUGGAUCUGGGUGUAACACGUGUAGGCCACCGCAUGAACAUAGAACGGGCCCUGAGGACCAUAAUGGACAGGCUGUCCAGCAGCCCAUUUCCCAUUUCUGUUCUCUCACCUCGGGAUGGACAGACUGAGAGGAGGAGGGACGAUGGGAGUCGGAGCUGAGGUUGCAAACGCAGAGGGAGAGAGAGGGAGAGAGAAGGAGGGGUUUGAGUCAAUGAGGGAGGAAGACACAACUGCUGCUAUCCAUGGUGGAUUCACACAACAAAUUAGGGGGGAACAGAUUUCACACAGAGAGUGACAAAAAGAGGGAGUCAAGUCCCACAGGGAGAUGGAAACACAGGGAUGGAAAAAGGGCUGACGAUCCAUAAAGAUACCAGCUGGCGCUCCCCAGUUGUGGCCCGAUGAUUUACACAAGUACACUCCCCACAUGCAUGCACAGUCACACCAACAAACAAGUAACAUAAAAACACUUUCAUCCAAAAUGCAUUACGAAGACACUAUGGCUGCAGCAGAUAUUACGAGUGAAGCGAUGAAACGGAACCAAAUACUUGAGAGGAACAAUCAAAAAGCAUGUUCGGUUAAAAAGAUUGAGCAGGUUGUGUUGUUGGCAAGAAAAGAAGAUAAAGUUGUCCGUCAUCGUGCAGCAAUCGUGUUGAAUAUUCCUCUUACCCCUCAGCCAGCUGCUUGAAUCCGUUCAGGUUUCAGAGUGGAACCCACCAAGAAUAUUUAGAGUGCAAUCAACGACAACCCCGCCCCUGUGUGAAUGGAUGUUAGUUUUAAAACGUUUCUGAGUAUCAUUGAGGAAUGAAUAUUUGAGGGUGAAUGUCUGCAGGUGUGAGGCUUUAUCUGUCUGCAUGAUGAAACAUAGGGCGCAGAUGGAUAACUUGCCUCCUUGGUUUAAAACCAAGGAGGCCGGCUAUGUGUUCGGCUUUGAUUGAUUUGCGUCUUGUUUUUACCUCACCGCUGGUAGGGCUCUGUCCUCACUGCAGGUCCGUGUUUCUCUAUAGCUCUUUAUCAUCUUAAGUCUUAUAAUGACAUAUAUACAGACUGGUCACUGUAUCACAAAUUUGUAGCAAAAAUAAGUGCCCAGACCAUCAAAAUAAUACAAAAAAAGAAAUCACACCGAUACACACACACACACACACACACACACACACACACACACACACACACACACACACACACAGGCACCCGAGUUACUACUAUACAUGCCUGCAUGCAUACACCAACAUGUAGACACACACAUACACACAAGCACUUGCAAGUGAUUGUUUUAGAGUUCAUGGGACACCUUAUAUAUAGACACACUAUAUGUUUGGAUCCGAGAUAUACUUAUACAAAAGGAGACAGACUGUGCUUUCAACGUGACAAUAUGAAGAGACAUCCCCCCCCCCCGAGGAUUUGAUUCAUGGAGAAAGACUUCCUCAGCGUCGAGGCAACUGUUGUCCAACCAUUCAGACCUUCCGUCCGAGGGAGACUGGAAAGGAGAGGGGAGGGGAAGAGGAAAAACUGCCAUUUUCUUGCUCUUUCCCACCCAAUCCCCCCUUCUCCUUCCAGGAGAGGCCCCUCUCUCUCGACAAAAUCCAGGAGGAAACAAGCAGCCACCCGGCCGAGGGGAUCUGAGAGAAACGCUUAUAUCGAGUUUUAAUACUAUGAUUGUUCUUACAAUUUUUAAACUUUAAAUGGGAAUAAUGGAAUAUUGAUAUGAAGAGAUUUAUUACUAUUUAUCAUUACUUUCAUCGUCCUUACUGUUAUUAUAGCUUCAGAGAGUUUCUGCUGUCUGCCUCUGGUGGCUGAUAUGGCGCUCUUGUGCAGUCAGUGUAUUUUCUGACUGUGUGAUGAAGAUAAGUGUGUUGGUUAUAUAUAUAAAUAUAUAUGUGUAUACUAUAAAUAGGUAUUUUUGAAUUGAAAGAUGCAUAUUAUUUGGUGCACGGUACCCUUAACUUUGCUUCUAUGUGAUUAGAAGCAUUGCAACUUAAUGUGAAGCACAUUUCAGAAACACUUCCUUAUCCUUUGUCCCUGGGCUCUGCUUUUCUUUUGUCAGACUGUGAAGCUUUAAUUAUUUAUGGCCUCAAAAUAUGAUUUCCUCACGCUUUUAAAAGUGAGUUGCCACUUAAUAAUAUGCAGAUACUGAAAGUGUAGCAACUGUUACUCUGGGGAUGCCAACAAUACACAAAUGAAAAUGAUGUAUUACUUUAUUCAAGCACUAUACUUUAAUAUAUUUAACAUGCACUUCUGGAUAACAGUCGCCCCCUUUUGAUUGAUUACAUAAAAUCAUUUCAUUAUUUUUUCAUGGUAUAUAACUGAUGUCCUUUUAUUUCCUCAUCAGCUUCCACUGCUCAUUUACAUCUCAUUAUAACCUCAGUCCUGCUUUUCUCACUGUUGCUGAGAUCAAACAUAAGGGCUCUCUCAUGACCUUUCUACCUUGAACAACACCUCACCUCUCCUGCUGCUUUCGAGUCCUCGAACACAUAUCAAACGUGCGUUUUACAUCGGGGGCAUAGAUGGGGAGUUUCCUCACGGACUAUCUAUCCUCAGUCUGUUUUUUUUGCAAAAAGAUAAAUACGUUUUCAUAGAUCACGUCGCUCAAAGUGCACAUACACACGGGCACGUGAAUGAGCAAAGGUGGAUUUGUCUCUGUAAUUGCUUUGUGCUGGUGGUCACGGAGAGAUUUCAUUUAAAUGCAAGGGAAAUGGCAAUAAGGACGGUGAAAACAAUGGUCAUCUAAUUAUGGUUUAAGAUGUAAAAAAAAAAAAAAAAAAAGAAGAAAUCUCAAAAGUUCUAAAGAAUCUCUGUCUUCCAAAUGUUUAACACAAAAA